GCCCGGCCGCCGAACGCAGGCCGGGGCUUCCUGCUCCGAACGGGCGAGUGUUGGCGGAACGGGAGUGCCGAGCCUUUCUCCCUAAGGAAGGCUGGAGCUGGCGGUGUGGCCCGGGAGCGGUCUGCGCUCCCGCCGCCCGCACGUGUGACAGCCCGCGGGGAGCCCCGCUGCUGCCGCCGGGGCGCCGGCCUGCCCUGACCUUGGGAAGCGGAGCUACGGCCUGCCCACGAGGGCUAUUGCAAGGAGCAGCGCUGCCUUCUGAGUGCAUCUCAGUCUUUGGAGAGUGCAUCGGCAGAGAGAAACAUCUGGGGCUGAAAUAACAUCUGCUUGCUGAGGACUCUGCAGGACCUGUUACUGUAACUAAUGCUUCUGUAUUUCCAGGUUUGGAUUUGCUUUGGAAGUCGCAGAGCAGUUGCUGCCUCGUUCUACCUACAUGCAACUUUUAAUAUAGUAGUAUUAUUACAAACAGGAAAUAAAAAGGAGACAAGUUAUCUCCAUACCUACCAGGAAAUAGGAGACUUUGCUCUGAAAUAACCGAUAAACAAGUGUGAAGCAUGAUCAACUCUGCUGUUCAGGCCGCUAUUGACCUCACGGCAGGUGCUGCAGGUGGGAUAGCCUGUGUGGUGACUGGCCAGCCCUUUGACACUGCAAAGGUGAAGAUGCAGACGUUCCCCAACAUGUACAAAGGACUUGUUGACUGCUUCGUUAAAACCUAUAAGCAAGUGGGAUUUCGAGGCUUCUACAAGGGAACUACACCAGCACUUGUAGCCAACAUUGCAGAGAACUCUGUUCUGUUCAUGUGCUAUGGAUUUUGCCAACAAAUUGUGAGAAGAAUUGUUGGAGUAGACAGGAAAACAAAGCUCAGUGAUCUACAGAAUGCAGCUGCAGGCUCCUUCGCCUCUGCCUUUGCCACCCUCGUCCUCUGUCCCACAGAGCUGGUGAAGUGCCGGCUACAGGCCAUGCAUGAAAUGCAGUUGUCAGGAAAGAUAAUCCAGGGCCACAAUACAGUUUGGUCAGUAGUGAAGGGUGUUAUCCAGAAGGAUGGUCCCCUUGGAUUUUAUCGUGGCCUGUCAAGCACUUUGCUGCGGGAAGUCCCAGGCUAUUUCUUCUUCUUUGGAGGGUAUGAACUGAGCCGGACAUUCUUUGCCUCUGGGCGAUCAAAAGAUGAGUUAGGUCCCAUUCCUUUAUUACUAAGUGGAGGUUUUGGAGGCAGCUGUCUGUGGAUUGCUGUGUAUCCUGUGGACUGUGUCAAAUCUAGAAUUCAGGUUCUUUCAAUGGCUGGAAAACAGGCAGGCUUUAUGGGAACAUUUGUGACUGUUGUGAGAACUGAAGGCGUGCUUGCCUUGUAUUCUGGACUAACGCCAACUAUGAUCCGUGCAUUCGUGGCCAACGGGGCACUGUUCCUUGCCUACGAGUACAGCAGGAAACUUAUGAUGAAACAAAUUGAUUCUUACUGAAACUAUCUAGCAGACGAAGAACAAGAGAUUGUUUCAAGGUCAUUUAAAUAAAUGAUGAAAAACACAUAGAUCA